AUGGCAACGCUGCCUCCCCCAGGACCUCAGAGCUUUGCCCACUUCACAAAACAGUCUCUUGCCCUCAUUGAACAGCGUAUUGCUGAAGGAAAAACAAAGGAACCCAAAGAAGGAAAGAAAGAUGAUGAUGAAGAAGGCCCAAAGCCAAACCGUGACCUGGAAGCUGGUAAACAGCUGCCCUUCAUCUAUGGGGACAUCCCUCCAGGCAUGGUGUCACAGCCCCUGGAGGACCUAGACCCCUACUAUGCAGACAAAAAAACUUUCAUAGUAUUGAACAGAGGGAAAGCAAUCUUCCGUUUCAAUGCCACACCUGCUUUGUACAUGCUCUCUCCUUUCUGUCCUCUAAGAAGAAUAUCUAUUAAGAUUUUAGUACACUCCUUAUUUGGCAUGCUUAUCAUGUGCACUAUUCUGACGAACUGCAUAUUUAUGACCAUGAAUAACCCUCCAGAUUGGACCAAGAAUGUAGAGUACACUUUUACUGGAAUAUAUACUUUUGAAUCACUUGUAAAAAUCCUUGCAAGAGGCUUCUGUAUAGGAGAAUUCACUUUCCUUCGUGACCCAUGGAACUGGCUUGAUUUUAUCGUCAUUGUUUUUGCGUAUUUAACAGAAUUUGUAAACCUAGGCAAUGUUUCAGCUCUUCGAACUUUCAGAGUGUUGAGAGCUUUGAAAACUAUUUCUGUAAUCCCAGGUCUGAAGACCAUCGUGGGGGCCCUGAUUCAGUCUGUGAAGAAGCUCUCAGAUGUCAUGAUCCUGACGGUGUUCUGUCUGAGUGUGUUUGCGCUGAUCGGGCUGCAGCUCUUCAUGGGCAACCUGAAGAACAAGUGUGUGCGGGCUUCUUCAUACGAAAAUCUAACCGUUCCAGACAUCUAUGACGAAGACUUCUAUAGAGAACAUUUUUAUUUCUUGGAAGAUUCUAAAGAUGCUCUCCUUUGUGGUUUCAGCUCAGACUCAGGCCAGUGCCCGGAAGGGUACAAAUGCAAGAAAGCAGGCAGAAACCCCGACUAUGGCUACACAAGCUUUGACACUUUCGGCUGGGCCUUCUUAGCCUUGUUUCGGCUAAUGACCCAGGAUUACUGGGAAAACCUUUACCAACAGACACUGCGUGUUGCUGGGAAAACCUACAUGAUCUUCUUUGUUGUGGUGAUUUUCCUGGGCUCCUUCUAUCUAAUAAACUUGAUCCUGGCUGUGGUUGCCAUGGCCUAUGAAGAACAGAACCAGGCAAACAUUGAAGAAGCUAGGCAGAAAGAGUUCGAGUUUCAACAGAUGAUAGAUCGACUUAAAAGAGAGCAAGAAGAAGCUGAGGCAAUAGCGAUGGCAGCCGCUGAAUACGCAAGUAUUGGAAGAAGCCGAAUUAUGGGCCUCUCCGAGAGUUCUUCUGAAACAUCCAAGCUAAGCUCUAAAAGUGCUAAGGAAAGAAAAAACAGAAGAAAGAAAAAGAAUCAAAAGAAGUUCUCCAGUGGCGAAGAAAAAAGAGAUGAUGAGAAAUUGUCCAAAUCAGAAUCAGAUGAGAGUAUCAGGAGAAAAAGUUUCUACCUGGGUCUUGAAGGUCACAGGCGAGCACGUGAAAAGCGAUUGUCUACUCCUAAUCAGGUCUUUACUGGGAUCUUUGCAGCUGAAAUGGUUUUAAAACUAAUUGCCAUGGAUCCAUAUGAGUAUUUCCAAGUAGGAUGGAAUAUUUUUGACAGCCUUAUUGUGACUUUAAGUUUAGUGGAGCUUUUUCUAUCAGAUGUGGACGGAUUGUCAGUUCUGCGAUCAUUCAGACUGCUCAGAGUUUUUAAACUGGCAAAAUCCUGGCCUACCCUGAACAUGCUGAUUAAGAUCAUUGGCAAUUCAGUGGGGGCUCUGGGUAACCUCACCUUGGUGUUGGCCAUCAUCGUCUUCAUUUUUGCCGUGGUCGGCAUGCAGCUGUUUGGUAAGAGCUACAAAGAAUGUGUCUGCAAGAUCUCCAAUGAUUGUAAACUCCCACGCUGGCACAUGAAUGACUUCUUCCACUCCGUCCUCAACCUCUUUCUGGCUUUAUUACUGAGCUCAUUUAGUUCAGACAAUCUUUCAGCAGUUGAAGAAGAUACUGAUGCAAACAACCUGCAGAUUGCAGUGGCCAGAAUUAAGAAGGGAAUAAAUUAUGUGAAACAAACUGUACGUGAAUUUAUUCUAAAAGCAUUUCCUAAAAAACCAAAGAUUUCCAAAGAGAUAAAACGAGCAGAAGAUCUAAAUAAUAAGAAGGAAAACUAUAUCUCUAACCGUACACUUGCUGAAAUGAGCAAAGAUUACAAUUUCUACAAAGAAAAAGAUAAAACCAGUGGUUUUGAAAGGACCAUGGACAAAUACUUGAUGGAAGAAAGUGACUAUCAGUCAUUCAUUCAUAAUCCCAGCCUCACAGUCACAGUGCCAAUUGCACUUGGGGAAUCAGAUUUGGAGAAUAUGAAUACCGAGGAACUUAGCAGUGAUUCCGAUAGUGAAGACAGCAAAGGGAGAGAGAACCGAUUGAGUUCCUCUGAGUGCAGCACAAUCGAUAACCCCGUCCCAGGAGAAGGAGAAGACGCGGAGGCUGAAUCUAUAAAUGCAGAUGAGCCAGAGGCCUGUUUCACAGAUGGUUGUGUACGGAGGUUCCCGUGUUGCCAAGUUAAUAUAGAGUCAGGGAAGGGAAGAAUCUGGUGGAACAUCAGGAAAACCUGCUACAGGAUAGUUGAGCACAAUUGGUUUGAAAGCUUUAUUGUUCUCAUGAUCCUGCUCAGCAGUGGUGCUCUGGCUUUAGAAGAUAUAUAUAUUGAAAAUAAAAAGACUAUUAAGGUUAUCCUGGAUUAUGCUGACAAGAUAUUCACUUACAUCUUCAUCCUGGAAAUGCUUCUAAAAUGGAUUGCAUAUGGUUAUAAAACGUAUUUCACCAAUGCCUGGUGUUGGCUGGAUUUCUUAAUUGUUGAUGUAGGUACUUUGAGUAAAUUUGUGGUCGUGAAUGCCCUCAUAGGUGCAAUUCCUUCCAUCAUGAAUGUGCUACUUGUGUGUCUAAUAUUCUGGUUAAUAUUUAGCAUCAUGGGAGUAAAUUUGUUUGCUGGCAAGUUCUAUGAGUGUAUUAACACCACAAAUGGGUUACGGUUUCCUGACACUCAAGUUUACAAUCGUUCCGAGUGUUUUGCACUGAUGAAUGUUAGUCAAAAUGUGCGAUGGAAAAACUUGAAGGUGAACUUCGAUAACGUUGGACUUGGUUACCUGUCUUUGCUUCAAGUUGCAACAUUUAAGGGAUGGAUGGAUAUUAUGUAUGCAGCUGUUGAUUCUGUUAAUCCAAGGAUAAUUUAUGCAAGUUUUAAGAUAGGUACCUUUUUAAAAUUUUUUUUUACUAAGCGGCAAUGUUUAGUGGACACUACUUGCAAAGUUUACUGUACAUUCCAUAUUAUUCUUGUUUCUUUGCAGAACAAACUCCAAGGAUGUGUAUUUGACCUAGUAACAAAUCAAGCUUUUGAUAUCACCAUUAUGGUUCUUAUCUGCCUCAACAUGGUAACCAUGAUGGUAGAAAGAGAUGGACAGAGUGACGACAUGACUAAUGUCUUAUAUUGGAUAAAUCUGGUUUUUAUUGUCCUGUUCACUGGAGAAUGUGUGCUGAAACUGAUCUCCCUCAGGCACUACUACUUCACUGUAGGAUGGAACAUUUUUGAUUUUGUGGUUGUGAUUCUCUCCAUUGUAGGUAAGACCAUUUAUGAAGAUAUUGUGGAGAUCAUAAAUUGGAAAACAACAUAAAAUUCUUCACUGUGUGUAUGGUGUAGCCAUCCUUUAGCACGAAGCAAAGUUGAUAUUUUCCCCCAGUGA